CGUCUUCGUGCUGCCUCGUUCAUCGUGGCGUGCGAGGACGAGGGCUCAGUUGGCCGUCAUUAUUCGUGGACGCCGCGAUGCGUCGUGAAUCCUCGUUGUGUGCCUUGUCUGUACCUGCCAGCGAUGCGUUUUGCGCGUACGCGUGAUCGCGCAACGGAACAUGUUCAGAAACGUUCCUUCACACGCCGUGUUCAAUUAGUGUCACUUGAUACGAUCGGGCGGCGAGCGCGAAGGUGAAAACGGCGAACGGACACGGACGAAUUUUACCUCGUAUAGGUCUGCACAGAUAUCAUGGGUCGUUACACAGGAAAAAAAUGUCGUCUUUUGACAAUGUUAUGGCUAACAGCUUUAUUCUUUUUAGUCGAAAUUGUAGUUGGUUACGUAACUAACUCAAUGGCUUUAAUAGCAGACAGUUUUCAUAUGUUAUCAGAUGUAGCCGCUUUGGUAGUCGCAUUUCUUUCAGUGAAGAUGUCACCGAAGAAAUGGUCCAAGAACACCUUUGGUUGGGCCAGAGCUGAAGUAUUAGGGGCUUUGGUAAAUGCUGUUUUCUUAGUCGCUUUAUGUUUUAGUAUUACUGUGGAGGCGUGUAAGAGAUUUAUUGAGGUAGAAGAAAUACAUGAAGCAAAACUACUUGUUGGAGUUGGAGCACUUGGUUUGCUGGUAAAUGUGAUAGGUUUAUGUUUAUUCCAUGAACAUGGAAGUGCUCAUGGUCAUUCGCAUGGUAUAUCUCGAAGUCAUAAUAGAUUGAGCACUUUGGUAGGCACAGAUGAUAAUGAAAAUGAUGAAGCUUAUAGACCUUCAACAGUUUCACAAGUAAAACGAGCGCAUGGUCAUUCUCACGAUGCAAGUCAGAUGAACAUGCGAGGAGUAUUUCUUCAUGUACUUUCUGAUGCAUUGGGAUCUGUCAUUGUAAUUGUGUCUGCCCUAAUUGUCUGGCUGACAAAAUGGAAAUAUAGAUUCUACAUUGAUCCUGCAUUAUCGCUUUUAUUAGUCAUUCUCAUCUUGCGUUCAGUGUGGCCGUUACUUCAAGAAUCAGCUUUGAUUCUACUGCAGACUGUGCCAACUCAUAUUCAGGUCGAUGCUAUACAGCAACGUUUGUUGGAAAACGUAGAUGGAGUAUUAGCUGUACAUGAGUUUCAUGUAUGGCAAUUGGCAGGUGAUCGUAUUAUAGCUAGUGCGCACAUAAGAUGUAGAAAUCUUUCAGAGUAUAUGAAAAUUGCCGAACAGGUUAAGGAAUUUUUCCAUAAUGAGGGUAUACAUUCAACAACUAUUCAACCAGAAUUUAUUGAUUAUCAUUCUAAUAGCGAAAUUAAAGAAACUCCCACAGAAGAUUGUGUGCUGGAUUGUCCAAAGACUGAUAAGCCUUGCAAUCAUGCGACAUGCUGUGGUCCUUCCAAACAAGGUCGUGAAACUCCUUCACCUGGGGAGACACCGUACAUGUGUAGACAACGUAAUAGCCUGGCACGUUCGACCGGUUCUAUAGGAGGAAUAGAGCAACAAGAAGUGAAUGAAAUGGAACGCGGACACUUGUUAUCACUGCCCGCUUCACAUCCAACAUCGUUCCACUCCGUCCAAGUUCCCCACCCUCAUGUUAAUACACCAACUGUCUAAGCUCUCAUUGCAUUAUUAAAUAUCUACCUCCAUAGUAAAAUAUGCAAAAUGCGUUACGCUUUAUUGUACAAAUACAAUAAACGUGUAUUUAGAAUUUAUUAAUUUCACUGUUGAUGGCAUUGGUUGAACGACCAAUAUUGCAUAUAUUGCAAUAUUGUGUAUAUUAAAAAAUUAAAUUAAAAUGAAAUUAAUUAAAUUGAAAUGAAAUUAAUUUUAUGAAUCGAAGUCAUUAAUAAUUAUUAAUAAUUAUUUUUCUUUCUUUCUGAGACAACUUAGGAAGCAAUUGAUUUGUUUCUUUAUUUUUUAUUUUAAUUUUUUAUCUUUGCCAUCAAUUUACUUAUAGAAAAAUAGUUAAGAUUCUUGAUAAUAAAAUCCCAAAGGCAUAUUAAUACCAAAUAUAUUACGUUAUAUGCUCUAUAUGCUCUGAUAUAAAUAAUAAAUAUUGAAUUUUUACUCUGAAUUUCUUAGAAGACAUUUUAGAAUUACAAGACUUUACAACUGUAUAAUGCAUAAUUUAUCAUAUAAAAUCAUGUAAUCUAAGUUAAGUAUUGUUUAAAUCUCACUUGUACAUUGACAUCGUGAUUUUAUAGUGAUUUUGCGAAGUUCUUUAUUUAUAUAUAAUUUUUAUUGUGUAUAUUAUAAUACAUAAUUUUAUAA